UUAUGCUCCUCUACAGAGCAGUUUGCGAAGAGGCGCAGAACUGCCAUGUGGUUCUCCAUCGCCCUGCAGUUCCUCUCUAUCGUCAUCCUGGUGGUGGGACUGGUGUCCGCCACACGCACGUCCAAUGUAGCCGUGGCUGGUCACUACCCCGGGAUCAUCCUGAGUUUUGGAUCCUUCCUUGGGAUUGUGGGAAUAAACCUCGUGGAGAACCGGAGACCGAUGCUGGUGUCAUCCAUCAUCUUUGUCAGUAUUGGCGUGGUCGCCGCCUUCUUCUGUGCUAUUGUGAACGGGAUCAUUGCAGCUGAGUUCAUGGACAGGAGACCCCUGCUGGAGGACAGGUGUGAGUUCUUCGUCAGUGGGUACGCCUACGACAACUAUUACACCGAGGUGACCUGCUACUCUUUUAACAGCAAGUGUAAACUUCGAGUGAAAAGCAACACUUGCUACUGCUGUGACCUGCACAGCUGCGAGAGCCCGGACGACCACUCGCGUUAUUACGAGUACACGGGUGUCAACAGCUGCUCAGACGUGGUGCAUCUCUACCGUCUCCUCUGGUCCUCCGUGGUACUGAACAUCCUGGGCCUGUUGCUGGGCAUCCUCACUGCAGCCAUACUGGGAGCCUUCAAAGACAUCAGCCCCACCCCCCAGACGUCCCCCAGCCUGGCUCCGCCUCCUCACAUCCUGUACAAUCCUACACAGCACAUGCUGACCUACACUGGAUACUGCCCGUCCACCCAGACCCUGCCCGCAUACCCCAACUACCCGCUGCCCUUACAGCACCCCAGCAACUACCAGCCCCCACCUCCAGCAGCCCCGCCCGCGCCUGAGUCACCUGCGCCCCCCUCCGAAGAGAGCCAGCCCCCCUCCCAGGGCUCUUCCAGCUACAUGCUGACCCCCAACGCCCCAGUGCUUUAUGGGAUGGCUUACGGCCCCUGUGAGAAGCCCCCACCAUAUGCGUACUGA